AAUCUCACUGCAAUGCCGGCAGCAAUCAUGUUUCUGCUGUCCAAUCACGAUAGACCCUGACUCCUGAGAGUUGAGGAAUGACGAAGCACCGGUGACAAAAAGAAAUGAGAAACGUCCACAUGAUAGAUCUCUGGCCAGCUUUUGAGGCCCCCUUGAAAUUGUAAAAACUUCAUCCUAGCAGUACCAAAACAUCUUCAGUCUAUCAUCCAUACGUGUUAUGAAGCUCUAGGGACAUGGCUGCUUCCACUUUAGCUUCGAAUCCCAUCGUCGGCCUGCCUUCAGAAGUACUUCUGACCAUCUUUGGAGCUCAGGAUAGCUUUCGCGAUACCUCCUCGUUGUUCAGGACAUGCAAGUGUCUCUAUGCCCUCUGGCAAACGCGAGCGUUCUCUAUCAGUAAACCACUACUCAUCGACCAAACACCAUGCUAUGAACAGGUUGAGCUUUUGAUGCUGGCGAGCGAAGCAGCAGACCUUACAACCCAGCCACGAAUGAAUGUCAUUCUAGUAGACCCUGUUCAGGAGGAGAAGCUCGGAAGCACUCUUAACAGGAUCACCAUGAGUCGAAAAAUGGCAGGCCAAGCAAAAUAUCUCUGUGAAAUUAUCGAAAGCCGGUAUCUGCAACAGAAGUACAACUGCCAUGAAGCGAAAUGCCGAGCUCGUCCAUCAAAAUUGGCACCUCAGGAACGUGAUGAAGUCACACGAGCACACCAUUUCGUCAAGCUAUAUGCUCUUGCAUACGCGAACAGAGCUCUUUCAGAAUUGCGCAACAGCUGCGAAGCCAAGCUUAGAGGAAUGAGCGUCGAAGACAAGCACUUCAUCUUUCAGCUGACAAGAAUCAUGCACGAUUAUGCUCUGCCAUGGGACAAGAUGAGAUUGGACCUCUGCUAUUCGUACUCGCCAUUAUCCAACCUGACAGGCUCUGGUUCUUCUGCUACGUGGGCGGACAAAUUCAAGGCUCUCCAGGAGGCUACCCGAGUGCAGGCGAUUAGUUGCGGAAACUGCAUCUACGACGAUACGGCACGAUUUGGCAGGAUUGGCCAAGGUAAAAGUAAUUGAGGCAUACGGCGGUCGAACCGCAAGGCACUGUGUUGAGAUUGAUUGAUGGAUACCGCCAGCAGUUCAAAUAUUACACUUGUCAGAAGAUGACUGGCAGAUGAUCAUUCUUAUCAAAUAUGGAGAUUGUGUGAUUGAUAGAUCAACGGUUGGCGACAAGCCACAACAUGGGAGGCCUUGAUCCUGCGGUGUCUCAAGUUGGUCUGCUACGCACAGAAGUGGCUGAGAGUGUUAUGACGAGACCAGAGACGUAACGUAGAAGCGUAUGGCCGAGAUUCGUCGGAGUAAGAAUCGUUGGAUGGAUGACAGAUACAACUCGUGCGUAAGGUGCUGAAUGCGAUCAGAUACGCGCGAUACGCUGCUGCGCCACAGGUCUGGCGUAUUCUCCGCCCCGGACGCAAGGGAGCAGCAUUCGUA